UCCUUCGUUUCCAACUAACGUGCGCAGUGAAUCCUAUCGUGCACGCGAAGCAGACGAAAGAAGUAAAAUAGAAGAAGCCGGGAAAAAAAUCACAAGAGAGGGAAGGAAAAAAAAAAAAAGCUAAAUCGGGACUGGCGCAUUUUAGCCGUCCGCCAUAACCUUCGCUCUUCGCUCUCUGAUUCUUCCGAUUACAUCGGUUUUCUUCUCUCUCCGAUUCAAUGGCUGCUCCUCCUGCUAGAGCCAGAGCUGAUUACGAUUAUCUCAUUAAGCUUCUUUUGAUUGGAGAUAGCGGUGUUGGUAAAAGUUGUCUUCUUCUACGUUUCUCUGAUGGAUCUUUCACCACUAGCUUCAUUACCACCAUUGGUAUUGACUUUAAGAUAAGAACGAUUGAGCUUGAUGGUAAACGUAUCAAGCUUCAGAUUUGGGAUACCGCUGGUCAAGAGCGGUUUCGGACUAUCACCACUGCUUAUUACCGUGGGGCAAUGGGCAUUUUGCUAGUGUAUGAUGUCACAGACGAGUCGUCCUUCAACAACAUUAGGAACUGGAUUCGUAACAUCGAACAGCAUGCUUCAGAUAAUGUUAACAAGAUCUUGGUAGGGAACAAGGCUGACAUGGAUGAAAGCAAGAGGGCAGUACCUACAGCAAAGGGUCAGGCUCUUGCUGAUGAGUACGGAAUUAAGUUCUUCGAAACAAGUGCCAAGACAAACCUAAACGUUGAAGAAGUUUUCUUCUCAAUAGGGAGGGACAUUAAGCAGAGGCUUUCAGACACCGACUCGAGGGCAGAGCCUGCAACUAUCAAGAUAAGCCAAACAGACCAGGCAGCUGGAGCCACAGGCCACACAGAAAUCUGCAUGCUGUGGAACUUAAAAGUUCCAAGAGUGAAGCUUUAAGUCGAAAAAAAGUUUGGGGUGAAGUGAAAAAACUAAGAUCGUUGGGUGCUUCUGUAAUUUUUGUUUUAUGCCAACAUUUCUGAUUCGUUCUAAAUUGUCCUUCCUAUUUGUACGAAGGUUUAAUCGAAACUUGUAUUUUUUUUCUUUCUCUGUUGCUGAUUUUUUAUGACGGUGACUGAAUUGUUAUGUUGGUCAUCACUUCUCUCUAUAUAUCAUCAUCACCUCUAUUCUUAUG